CUGCUGCCUCUUUCUCGAGGACUCGGGCGUUCGAGCUCCAAGGCCCCCACCUCUUCUAGCCAAUGGCAGGCCCGACCGUCGCCUGUACUAGUGGUCAGCCCAGUGCUGGCUGCGAUCCCCGCCGGCCCCCCAAGCAGGGGGGCUGGGCGGGCACAGCGAGGCUCGGAGGGGGAGGUGGCCAGUCUCAGCCCAGGCUGGGCUCGAGCGGGUGUCCACACACUAAAAGGCUUUAAGAAUACUGCUUUCGGAGGCAAAUCCCCUCCCUUAUGCCAGCUGUUCAGAGGGACAGAAGCUGAUCCCCAUACAGAAGAUUCCUUCUAGAUCCAGCUGCUAUGCCCCCUAACAAGGAUGCCCCAGGCUGCCUCAGCUCACCCCCAGGCUUGAUCUGCUUGCCACCCAUCUCUGAGGACCUCCAGUUGGUAUGGACGCAAGCAGCACAGACCAGUGACCUUGACAGCAACCAGCACCUGCUGCAGACAUUCAGCUACUUCCCAUACCCCAGCCUUUCUGACCUGGCCUUGCUCUGCCUGCGUCACAGCCUGCACAUGGAGAAGGUCAAAGCCUGGUUCAUGGCACAACGGCUACGCUGUGGCAUCAGCUGGAGUGCUGAGGAAAUUGAAGAGACUCGGGCUCGGCUCAUCUACCAUCAGGACCAGCUACACUUUAGUUGCCUGCUUGCUGGGAAUGACAGUAACUCCUGGCACCAGUCAUGUAAGGGCCAGGAAUGUCACCAACCAGCACCUGCCUCUGUGCAGCACUCCAGUAAAUAUCAGGAGAACCAGCAAUAUCCUGUAACCGCCUCAAGCCACUGCAGCACAGUCCAAGGGACAAGAGAACUUGGGAGAAUCACUCAGGACAUCUGGGAACUGAAGGGAAAUGCCUUGUCCCACCAUAGCAAAGCUCCGGAGAACCACGAAUUGGCAGGGGCCUCCUUGCAUUUUCAUCAUUAUACCAAAGAGACCCUUUCCAGUGCUUACUUGCCCACCACAACCACCAGCCUGGAUUACAAGCUGCAAAACUCUCACACAAUGGCCUGGGACCCAACCAAAUCCUCCCAACAGUCCACUGAAACCAUCACAUCUGCAGUGAAUGGUGGGCAUCACCCUGCGAUUCUCCCCACAUGCCCUUCCAACAAAGUAACCCCAUCCUCCUCUACGGCUAUAGCCAGUGUUUCCGAGUCAUCCAGCCUUCAGAAGUAUCGGUACUCUGUAGGUGACCAGCAACAGGUUUCAGGUUAUAUUUCAGACAUUCUACGCAAACCUAGGCGAAAGACAAAGGAGCAGUUGGAUGUGUUAAAAUCCUUCUUUCUUCAUCGGCAGUGGGCCAGGCGAGAGGAUUAUCAUCAACUGGAGCAGACCACUGGGCUACCACGGGCAGAAAUCAUCCAGUGGUUUGGAGAUACUCGCUAUGCCCUCAAACAUGGCCAGUUGAAAUGGUUUCGGGACAAUGGGGGCCAGAAUCAAGAGCCUAUCUCCUCACUACCUCCUCAUUCACUUCAUACUAGCCAUCCAAACACAAGCCCAUUAGAACGCUACUGGGCAGCUCAUCUGCAGCUCCAGGAGAGUGACUUGCCAGCACUCUGUCUUGAGUCUGGUAUGGAUGCUGAGCAGGUGUUGAAGUGGUUCCGUUCACACUCGCCAGCACCUUGCGAAGUGGAGGUGUGCUUGGGGGAUGAGGAUGAGGUUGAUGAAGAGGUGGCAGCGGCCAUGAUAAGAGAUGAAGAUGAAGACUAUGAAGAAGAAGAAGAUGAUGGUGAUGAUGACGAUGACGAUGAGGAGGAUUGGGUUGCCUAGGAUUUGGUGUUGAUGCUAUAGAUGCUGGGCUUCUGGGGUGGGUUUGGGGGAGAUAUCUAGGGGACAGAAUAAAUUGGCAAAGAUGUUUAGAGUUAGGUGUGACUCCAUCAACUUCCUGCCAUUGCCCCAUGCUCCAAAACACAGAAUCAGGCUUCUUUCUAUGUUCUAGAAUCUUUUGUGCGUCUUUCUUCUAAGCCCUAGAAUUAAAUUUAAACAAAAUUGUCCAGUC